UGAUACUAGUUCUACAAAACUAGAGUUUUGUAGAUGCCUCUGUAAAGAUGAGGAAGUUUUCUGUAUUCCUAGUUUGUUGUUUUAUCAUGAAGUGUUGGAUUUGUCAUAGUUUUCUGUGUCUGUUGAGAUGAUCACUUAGUUUUUUGAGUAGCAGAAGUCCUUAAUUUUGAUAAGGUUCCACUUUUUAGUUUCUUCUAUUAUGGAUCAUGCUUAUGAUGUUGUAGUAAGAGAUUUUUGCCUGAUCUGGGGUACAAAGACUUCUUUCCUAUGCUUUCUUUUAGAACUAUUAUGGUUUUGAGUUUUAAUUUUUUUCUAUUUCCAUGAUUAAUGUUGAGUCAAGUUGGCUUAUCUGUAAGUUUUUAGGGACUUAAAGGUAUAGUUACUCACAGGGUCAAUUCAACCUUAGAAUAACCAUUCAAGGUGUACAGAGAUCAGAAAGUUGCCUUGAUUUUUGCUGUUUGUAUUUCAGUAAGAGUGAUGAUUUUGGAGAUUAUGGCAUUAUAUUUAAUGUAUUUUUUUGUAAUAAGUGUUUUGGUAGGUAAUGUUUUGCAUGAGUAGCCAACGUACACAGUAGCUUUAGGACUAUUGUAAUACAAGAUAAUAUUUUAGAGAUCUUGGACUGCCAGAAUAUGUGUUUAUGUAAGUGGAAACCAUAUAUAUUUUGAAAUUUCAAUAUAUCAAAAAUCCUUUAUUAUUUUAUAUCUUUUAUUUUGAAAUUAUCUGGUGGUACUCUUGCCUUCCUUGAAGAAUUGAUAUGCUGGGUAAUGUUAGGUCUAUCUUUCUGUCCAUGCCUUUACUCCUUUCUUUCUUUUACUUACCUUGUCAAGGAUGUAAGUUUGAUAGUCAUAAAAAUAUAUAUUGACUAUUAUAAUUACAAAAUUUCCUUUCAAAAUUUUGUUAUUUUGAUCUAGGUCUGUCUAUAUUUAGUCAAACUUUGUUACAGACUAUUUCAAAUCCUUGUGAAUAGAUGUCAGAAGAUAGUAAGUAAAAUAAAAUGCAGAUAAUACAGAUGUUUGCUGGGCACAGUGGGCAUACCUGUGAUCUUAGUGACUCAGGAGGCUGAGGCAGGAGGAUUGCAAGUUUGAGGCCAGCCUCAGCAAUUUAGUCAGACCCUAAGUAACUUGGCAAAACCCUGUCUCAAAUAAAAUCAUGAAAACGUGUGAGGAUGUGGCUCAGAGGUAAAGUACUUCUGGGCUCAAUCCCCAGUACCAAAACCAAACCAAACCAAAAUAAAACAAAAUCCAGAUGUUUACCUAAUACCAGUACUUAUGUGAAUCAAGUCAGCCUUCUCUCAGUAUAAUAUAAAAUACCUGAGGUAACGAACUUAAAAAGAGAAAAAGGAUUAUUUGGUCUCAGUUUUGGAGGUUCCAGUCAAAGAUUGGGCAGACUCAUUGCUUUGGGCCUGUGGUGGCUCUACCAGAUGGCAUUGGUGGGGAGUGUGUAAUAGGAGACAAAAAAGGAAGAGGAAAGGCCUGGGGUCCCACAGUCCUCCUUGAGGGCAUGCCCCUUAUGACCUGGGACCUCCCACUAGGCCCCACCUCCUCAAGUUCCACGCACCUCCUGAUGGCACCACCCUGGGGACCAAACUUUCAACACAUAGACCUUCGGGGACAUUCAGUAUCCAAACUACAGCAUCCUGUGUGAAAAAAUCCAGAGCUUUAUUAUUUUUUUCAAUUACACAAACCUUUGAGAAGAGAAGUUGUGCGUUUUACAGUGGAUAUUGUAUAAUUUCAAGCCUUUCGGUUUCUGAUAGUAGUCCUUAAUCUUGAUUUUUCUUUAGUCCUUAAGGUUAUCACACUAUUUUGCAGUACUUUUAGGAGAUUUUCACAUAUUGAAGGUUUUCGGCAAGUGAGUUUUUCCUGAGAAGUGUGAGGAAUGCUUUAUCAGUUGCUUCUUAAAUUAACUUAAAAUUUCUUGGCCAGAACAUUUAUCUGUAAAAGUUAGUCAUUUACUUUUAACUUUUGGCUGCUGAUCUUUUGUGAUUCAAUGAAUUAUUUUUACUUUAAAGGUUAAAUCUGUUGUAUAAGUGCCAAUUGGUAUGUUAGAAAUGCUAAAUUAAACAUUGCUACUUGAAAUUAUAUUUCAUUUACUUGUUUAAAAAGGAUAAAUGCCUCUUGAGGGAGAAAUCUCUAUCCUUUGGAUAUAUAUUUAAAGAAAUAAAAUUUCUUAAUGUCCCUGCUUCUGCCGGUGUUAAGAGGAAAGAAGCAGUAUUUUUUCCUAAGGCAUCAAAGGGAUAAAAAAUGGGGCUGGGGAACGUGGUCAGUGGUGGAGCACUUUCAUAGCAUGUUUGAGGCCUGGGUUCAAUCCCCAGCACUGAAAAAAAAAAAUCUGUUGUUAUUAAUUCAGAAAUUAAAUACCUGAGGAUAUAUAAUCAGGUUUCUAGGUAUUUCCAGAUAGUUGGGUUAUGUUUGUACUCUAUGAUUGAGUUCACUUCAAUGUAGUAAAAUAAUUUUCCUCUCUAAAAUUAAAUAUUUUUAUUUCACUUGAAGUAAAAAGAGAAAGAGAUCUUUUCACUAGAAUUAAUUUUGUUUAAAUAUAAAACUUGCUAAUGAACACUUUAAAACAUUACAUUGGCCCAGGGUAUGUGCUGUCCGCUCCCUGGCCUGAAGUCAGGCUGGUUUCCUUGUUCCCUUGGCGCUCCUCUUUCACAGGAGUAAGGAGCCGGCCGGGCCUCAUUUCGGAUGGCCCCAGACUCCUGGAUUGUCCUCUAUUCAAUUUUGCAUUUCUUCUCUGUCACUUGUCAUUGCAGUGUCAUUGACACAAAGUCUUUUCUUCUUCUUCCUCUUUGUUUAAAAAUAUUUGUUUAUUUUUUAGUUGUAGUUGGACACAAUACCUUUAUUUCACUUAUUUAUUUUUAUGUGGUGCUGAGGGUCUCGAACAUGCGAGGCGAGCGCUCUACCACUGAGCCACACAACCCCAGCCCACCUUUUCUUCUUUCUGAUGCCUCAUUGCUUCUAAAUUCCCAACUGACCUGCUGUGAGCUGAUUUUUUCUUCUUCUUAGUUUUCAGUUGAUUUCCUGUUUUCCUUUUUGUGCACUUUAUUUCAGUGGAAAAUCAAGAACAAGAAUCCUAGCUUUUUGUUGCUGUUGUUCCGUGCUGUGCCACUGAGGCUGGUCCUGGGGCCGUGUCAGCAUAUCUAGGACACAUAACUCAGAAGCUAGUCUGCUUGUGCUUUGCCUUUGUCUUCAUUUUUUAUGUAUACCUUUCAACUUAAAAGGCAUAGCUUCUGUUUAAGGACCAGUUGUUUAGGAAUUUAUGAUGGGAGAACAUUUUCUACUUGAAACAAAGUAAAAAAGAAACCUUUAAUCAGGAAGAAUUUAUGUAAUUUGAUAUUUAAAUGCUUUUUAAUUCUUUGGCUUCUCAUUUUCAUUUAUUUAAUAAGGUUAGGAUCAAUUUGAGGACAGGGAUCAUGUCUCCUGUGCUAAUGCAUUUUCCCCUUUAUGCUUGCACGUGCGCUGGGCACCCUUUCGGCUGCCUGAUGCAGAUUGAAGAGAGCUAGCUCCAUGUGCGUGUUCCAAGUUGGAACAGAAAGAAAAACUGCUCCUGGUGUUUGGGUCCCUUGGAGAAACCAUGUGUUACCAUAAGAGUAGCGUUGAUUUAGAGCAAACAGAGAUGCUGCUGGUGCACCACAGGAUGGCCUUUGUCAGCACCUCACUGUUUGCGGUUCGCCUGUUGCAAACACUUCUCCCUGUUGAAAAGGCAAGUGAGUUUUUACCAGAGACGAUGUCAACAGCAUUAUUUCUUCUUUCUUUGGACAUGCCUGUUUCAUUGGAAUAUCCAACUAUUCACGAAGCUGUUGUGGCCUAUUUGGAACAGCUGAAUUCUGAAAACUACAGUAUUUAUAAACGAGCUGCAGAGGCUAUUUAUUCAAUUGAAUGUACCUGUAACUUCCUGUCUGAUGUGGGGAAGGAGGGAGAGAAGAAUCUCUUAGAAUUAGUGGAGCUAGCUGACCAAGCCUUGUGUAGCUUUUCCUAUCAUCAGCAUUUCCCUCUAAUAAAAGAAAUCAUCUGCAUUUGUUCAAAGAUUUGGAAAUCUGCACAGGCCAGUCCACUGCUGCAAGGAGAAAGUCAGAAAGUGUUCCUGCACAUGUUGUCCCACCCAUUGCCACAAGUGAAAGCUGAAACUUACAACUGCUGUCUGGAGAUGGUUAAGGAAUGUUUAGGUGUCCAUAAUGUCACUAAGCCUGUAUCUUCACUUUGUAAUGGAAUUCAUUUUCUACUUCAUCCAAAAGUUCUGUAUGAAAUUUCUGCUUUUGGUAUGCAAGAACCCCAAAAUGAGGUGAAUGCUGCUGCCAAGGCCAUUCUGCUGUAUCUGCUUCAGGGACGAAUGAUGAUGACACUGCUGACCUGGAACAAGUUUAUCGAGUCUCUCUGUCCUGUCCUUCCAGUACUGCAGGGUUAUGCCGACCUAGAAGACUCUUUGGGUAACUGCAUUCUCCUUCUGAGCCAAGCGGGUUCUGAGGCAGGAGAAGGCAUCCUUCCUUGUACUACCCGGCUAAAGUCUGUCCUGCGACUCUUGCUGGUGAAAAAGCUAUCGGUCCGUUCACUAGCUUUGAAGCUUUUAGCAUUUUAUCUUGCCAAUGAAGAAGGGGCCGAUACAAAACGCCCCAUAAUAGAUGCCAGAAUUCUUUCCAGAGUUACUAAUCUAUUUAUUGUGAAGAAACCUAUUGAACUCAAACUGGAUGACAGAAAAGAAUUGCUUAUUAAGUUGGACACUGUUGAAAAAGUACAUGAAAUUUUCACCUCAGAUGAUGUUGAUCUUGUUUUGAGAAAGUCAGCUGCAGAACAGUUAGCUGUGAUUUUGCAAGAUAUUAAAAUGCAUGCUGCGGUGAAAAAGUUAUGCCUAAUUGACAAGAUAAUUGAGUAUUUAAAUGAAUGUGUGGGUCAAGAUGGCAAGGUUGUAGAAUGUUUGGUUCAGCCCUGCCUCACACUCCUCAGGAAAGUUUUAUGUGCGGAUCCAGCGAUGCGUGUUUCCCUGUCACAGCAGUCUUCUCUCUUGACCCUGUUAUUCAGAGUUUCCUUGAUAUUUCAUGAAGAUUGUACUGUAGUGACUGAAGUCGCAGCAUUGUUUUGUCUUCUGUUAUUUGAUGAAGUAUCAAGAAUGGAGAUGUGGUCUGUUAAUCCUUCCAGUAAUCCUUCUUUGCCAUCAGUCUUCAGUUUGCCUGUUUCAAUUUUUAGAAGGUAUCAUCUGCCAGUUCAUGUAAUCGGCCACCAUGCUGUGAGUCCUUACGCAAUAGUUCUGCCAUUAUCUGAUUUUUUGGCCUUGAAGCCUGUAUCAGAUAUGCUGAGAAUAGCUUGGAACCUGUCAUGGUAUCAUGGGAGUGAUAAUCUACUGAAGCAAGUGAACUCCGGAACUGAUAAUCAAGAAUUUUUAGAUACAUUGAAGUUAUCCACAAAAGAUAGCCUCAUUCUGAAGAUAACCUACGCAGCCAGUGGGCUGCAGGACUGCUUCUGCUCCAUUGUUCAGGCCACAGCCCACAGGGAUGUUCGGGCUGCUGUCACUCGGAUGAGUUUUUAUCUCCUGAAUGACAAAUUGUCUUUAAAGGGUGGCAUUGGCCCAUGUGGGGUUGCCUUAAAGUCCUUGGCUUGGCACACUGUGCUAAACAGGUUUCUACAAGUGCUCCCUGCUUGUACUGAAGAUGAGAAACUGCUAAUAGAUAUCAUACAUUUUUUAAAUAAGUUAAUGAAGGAACAAAGAAAAAAUCCAUCAGUAGAAUUUCUAAACUGGAUUCUAGAAUUACUUCUUAGACAUAGCCCAAACCCACUCUUAGACCUGCUGGUUCUGACAGAGACUCAGGCACGAGAAGAAAUAGAUGACAUCCGGACUGCUGUCAGGCAGCAACUUCAGAAAGAACUGAUUGCACUUUUCAAUACCUUGCUUCUCAGUUUCAUGGCAGUUACUGACAGGAAAUGCUUGGAACUUCUUUACGUUUUCCAAACACAGCUGGCUCUGAAACUGCUCCAGUGCCUUCGAGUCACAGAUGCCCCUCAUUUCUAUGGCCUGCCUUCCCUUGAGCGGACAUUACGAGGGAUGGCUCACCUCACCGCAUUUCAGGGAUGGAGCUCACAUUCUCCUCUCACACGGCCACUUGACAUUUGCAUGAAAUACUUGUCAGGUCUUCUGGAGGUCAUUACUUCUUUUUAUGUGGAGCGUGGAGGAAACGCGAUGUCCUUCAUGGGAAAAGGUGUUACAAAGAGCACAGUCCUUUGUUUGCUUCACUUGUCCCAUGAGAUGAUGGCCCAUGCUCGGAGCUCGGAGUGGAUUUCACUUUGGUUUUUACCUUUGGGUAGUCUCAGUGAAGAACAGACUCCUACUCAACAAGGAUUGGCUUGGUUGAUUCCAUUAUGGGUUGAUCGGGACCCAGAGGUGAGAUUCACUUCCCUGGGAUUAGGAUCAGCACUGACUACUUUUGAAGCUGGCUGUGUGGCCUUGACAAACAGUUGUCAAAACAUUUCUGGUGGGCUCUGGGGAACUGUGGUGAAUAUUCUUCUGGACCAGUCAGAGUGUAGUAUGGUGCGACGUGAGGCUGCAUUUAUUCUUCAGAAUCUCCUUGUAAUUCCUAUGCCUAUGGAAACUAUAAAGGAUUAUACUUGGCAGGGCCCUUGUGUUCAUGAUGAGGACUCUGGCCUAUCACUCAUAGGAAAACCUGCCCUUCAGGCUCUUUUAUAUCACUGCCAUUUUUAUGAACAUUUGAAUCAGAUGGUGAAACACUGUUACCUAGGACUGUAUAGGUUUGAUUUGAACUCUUCUGCUUUUGUAAUUUCAGAAGGCAGAGAUUCAAAUGGUUUGGAUGACUCAUUUAAGUUUUGGAGGGCUCCAUCAAGAAUGUCCAGUCAAGAUCAUGAUCCAAGUUCUCUCUCCACCACAGAAACAAUGGUGGCAGCCUCAGUGGGCAGUGCUGAAAUCCAGCCACCUGUGCAGUCAGUGGUGCUACUUCCUGAAGCCUCACGUGACCAGCCGAUGGCUCAAGGUGAACACGAACCUACAUCAUCACGGCCUCCUCCUCAUUCGCCCCUGUCUGCUCCACUACCCCAACAGUGUGUUUUUGUUACUGCGUCUCUUCUUUCAGCCAUCUGCAGCCUCUUGGACAACCUCUUGGUGACUGCUCCAAGAGACACUGUGAAUGCUUUUGGGAAAGCUCAUCUCAUAGAGCUUCUCUGUGGCAUUGUGGAUGCCACCUUUAUUGAGGCGUGUGUUCAGGAACUCAGGACCUCACUGCCUUCAUCACCCCCAGUUGAACAUGUCCAGGCUCAGGUUUCCUUUUUCUUGGAAUACCUAUCCUCUUUGUCCAGGCUUCUGCAGUCCUGUUUAUUAGUGGAACCUAACCUCGUGACACAAGAUGAUCUUCUGAAACCUCUUAUUAAUAAUAUCAUUAGAGUUCUCACUGUAUGCAUCAACAAUGCAUUAGAUGUAGAGUUAAUAUCGGCUUUUUAUCACACCUGGACACACUUAUUUGACCUUCUGGCUGCACUCCUGAGGAAAGCUGGUGCUGUCUCACACUCGUCUGUCACCUCGGCUCUGGCCAGGCACUGGGCAGCAAUGAUGGAUGUGUUCUGCGAGUGUGUAGGCUUGUCCAGCAGAUGCCCUGCCCUGUACACGGCCAGUUUGCACUUCCUGUCUGUUCUCUUGACUGAGGAGGCAAGAAGGCACUGCCAGGACAAAGACAAAGCAAGUUCAUUGUCUCAUCCAACCAUCACAUCUCUUCUUGAUGAAACUCAGGACAACCAGAAGUCUCCAGAUAGACUUAAUGAAGUAAUUCUUCAGUGCUAUGAAGGAAAGUCCUCCAGAGAUACCCUGAAAAGAGUGGCUGCAAAUGCGUUGCUGUCACUCCUGGCUGUCAGCAGAAGAGCCCAGAAACAUGCUCUGAAAGCUGAUCUCAUAGACAACUGCAUGGAGCAGAUGAAGCACAUUAAUGCACAACUGAACCUCGAUUCUCUGCGGCCUGGGAAAGCAGUACUGAAAAAAAAGGAGGAUGGUUUUAUUAAAGAGUUGAGCAUUGCCAUGCAGCUCCUAAGAAACUGCCUUUAUCAAAAUGAAGAAUGUAAAGAAGCGGCUCUUGAAGCUCAUCUUGUCCCUGUCUUGCACUCUCUCUGGCCUUGGCUUUUGAUGGACGAUUCACUGAUGCAGAAUGCCUUGCAGUUGCUUUGUGUCUAUACUGCAAAUUUUCCAAAUGGUUGCAGUUCUCUUUGCUGGUCAAGUUAUGGACAAUAUCCCGUUCACGCUGCACACAGAGGAGCCUCCAGCAGCUCUCUGAUGCUGUGUAUCCUAAAAUUGGCCUCUCAGAUGCCUCUCGAGAACACCAACAUUCAGCAGACGGUUUUUCUGUUUCUUUCAAACCUGGCCUUGUCUCAUGACUGUAAAGGAGUAAUUCAAAAGAGUAACUUCUUACAGAACUUUCUGUCUCUAACAUUGCCAAAAGGAGGAAAUAAACAUCUCGGUAAUCUGACCAUUCUUUGGUUGAAGUUACUCUUGAAUAUAUCUUUUGGAGAAGAUGGGCAGCAAAUGAUCCUGAGGCUUGAUGGCUGUUUAGACUUACUUACUGAGAUAAGCAAAUACAAGCAUAAGAGCAGCCCUUACAUACCACUUCUUAUUUUUCAUAAUAUUUGCUUCAGUCCUGCAAAUAAGCCCAAGAUUCUGGCUAAUGAAAAAGUCAUUACCAUACUAGCUGCCUGUCUGGAAAGUAAGAAUCAAAAUGCUCAGAGGAUUGCAGCAGCUGCACUUUGGGCUUUGACAUAUAAUUACCAGAAGGCCAAAACAACGUUGAAAAACCCAUCAAUAAAAAGAAAAGUAGAUGAAGCAUAUUCCUUAGCAAAGAAAGCUUUCUCAAACCCAGAAGAAAGCCCUCUAAAUGCCUACCAUUUGAAAUGUCUUGAAAACCUCGUGCAGCUGCUCAGCUCUUCCUGAGUGCCAUGAGAUGCUCCCCCCUGAACCUGACAGCCACCAGCGGAGAGCCAAGCCCUAGGCUGGCUUAGUGUGGAGCUGCUACCUGACGCCGUACCAACUCUGCAGAGUGCCGAUGCCCUCCUUGCCUUAGGAAAAAUAGGGCUGGUGACACUGAAAGAAGGAGAAUUGGUGACAUCAUGACUCUGUGCUUUUGUGGCCAUUUUCUAGAAGUAAUAAUAGUGGACAAGAGAUGAUGGGGAAACACAGAAUGUUCUGGCAACAUAAACAUUUGUAUCCCUUUCUAUGCAAUUUUCUUUGUAAAAAUCCUAUUUAACAGUUAUUUAAUAAAACAAAAUGUUUUUAGAAAUUGAAAA